AUUUUUGGGAUUUAAAAUUUUUUCCAUGCUCAAGUUGAGCAGCUUAAGUCUAUUUCAUCACAUUUCUCAUAUUCUGACAAAACUCAUCGUCUUUUUUGCCUGGAAUUUGAUUUCAAUUCAAAAUGGAUGACGAAGCUGACAUUUACAAAUUAUGGAGGAUUAGAAAAACAAUUAUGCAACUUUGUCAUGACAGAGGAUAUCUUGUGACUCAAGAUGAACUUGACCAGACUUUAGAACAAUUUAAGGAGCAGUUCGGUGAUAAACCAAGCGAGCGACAUCCAUCUAGAAGUGAUUUAAUUGUUUUGGUUGCUCAUAAUGAUGACCCAACUGAUCAAAUGUUUGUUUUCUUUCCGGACGAACCUAAGAUUGGAAUCAAAACAGUGAAAAAUUAUUGUCAAAGGAUGCAAGAAGAAAACAUUUCAAGAGCCUUAAUUGUUGUACAAAUGGGCAUGACACCUAGUGCUAAGCAAGCUCUUGUAGACAUGGCACCAAAAUAUAUUUUAGAGCAGUUUCUGGAAUCUGAACUUUUGAUUAACAUCACUGAACAUGAGCUUGUUCCAGAACAUGUAGUUUUAACGCCUGAAGAGAAGUCCGAACUUUUGACAAAGUAUAAAUUGAAAGAAAAUCAAUUGAUGAGAAUUCAAGCAAGUGACCCAGUUGCUCGAUACUAUGGAUUGAAGCGAGGACAGGUUGUAAAAAUCAUUAGACCUUCAGAAACAGCUGGACGAUACAUUUCCUAUCGAUUGGUAGUUUGAAAGCUUUGAGUUUACACGAUCAAAGAUAAAGUGACCAAAAAAUUUCCAGUUUUCUAAUUAACACCGGCAUUGUUAUAAAAUAUCAUAUUCAAGAUGUCAAUGCUUUUAUUGUAAUUCGAUUAAAGUUACAAUUUUCCAUUA